CAUGCCGAAACCAUCAGUCAUUUUGGUGUUACUACUACCCGCGCAAUUUGAUUUUCGUGCCGCAACUUCGCGGCCAUGCGGUUCGCUCGUCCUUGGUGGUAUGUUCAAUAAUACUCAAACCAAAGCGUGUGGACUGCCUGUCAAGCGAAUCGAAACAGUAACGGUAGACCUCGUUGUUCUCGGAUUUCCGCGCGAUAUUGGUGGCCUCUAUACCUCGACCGAGACCCUCCACAACGGGUUUUGCUGAUAAAUGGCUCUAGAGAGCACAUGGGGCGCUCCUUUAUCUCAUGAUGGGCA